AUGUCGACUCGAUCUACGUCCGUCAAUGACGAAACAGCGCUCAACAGAUCUCUGAUCGAUCUGGAUCACGAGGCGAUCUUUAACACGAGCAGUCCUCGUGUUUCUGAACAUGAACAUGACAGUUAUGCUGAUCAAUACAAUAUAGCAGCAUUUAACAAUCACCGUCUCACUCCAUUCAAUGGAGAUUCUCCAGACCUAUGGUUUUUAGUUAUUGAACAUGAGUUUCAGUCUGCUAGGAUCAGGAGUGACAAUACUAAGUACACAGCAGUACUCAAAGCCCUAGACUUCGAGACACUGCGCCUCAUCCAGGAUGUCCUCCGUAAUCCACCAAUGACAGGCAAAUACGAAUAUAUCAAAAACACUAUAUUAAGCAGAAUGUCUGAAUCUAGAGGUAAGCAAAUUGACAAGCUAUUAAAAAACUUAACUCUAGGAGAGAAGAAACCAUCACAGCUCCUACGAGAAAUGAUGAAUUUGGCUAAGGGAGAGGUCAGUGAAGACAUCAUAAUUAAAUUGUGGUCAGAACGCCUGCCACACCAUAUUCGGCCACAAUUAAUAGUUUCUCGCCAUCUUGGUCCGGAAGCCCUGGCGGAAGUUGCCGAUAUUUUAGUCGAUCACUGUAGCCCCACAUCACAUGUGAUGUCCACAACACACAAGUCUUCAGUAGAACAGAGACUGGACCGCCACGAAACUCUUCUUAUGUCAUGCGUCCAGGAAAUCAAGGAACUAAAGGCAAUGUUGAACACUGAAAGACAGAGAAAUGAUCAGCAAGAAUCACAACUCAACCAGUCAAGAUCAAGAAGUGAACAACUCAAUCAGUCAAGUUCUAGAAGUGGUUCUCGACAUAGGUCCAGGACACCUUCACGUGGAUCGGUUUGCUACUAUCAUUACAGAUAUGGGGAGAAGGCCACAAAUGGAGCUUGCCAUGACGGUGAAGUAAAUUCUGUCUGCUCUGAGCUCCGUCUUCAUAUAUCAGACAGAAAGACGGCAAUCCAAUUUCUUAUAGAUUCAGGAUCAGUUAUAUCCAUUUUACCAGCUCAGAAGUUUGCCGAUGGUCAUCCUAAGGAAGAGUUAGUUCUAUUUGCAGCAAACUCUAGCAGAAUAUCCACGUAUGGAAAGAGAACUCUGGAGCUGGAUUUAUCUUUACGCAGAAGCUUUAGCUGGCAGUUUGUUGUUGCCGAUGUAGCCACAGCCAUAAUAGGAGCUGAUUUCCUAAGCAACUACAAUUUAUUAAUAGACUUGAAGGGUAGAAGAUUGAUUGAUUCGACUACAGGCCUUACCUCUGAUGGAAAGGUACUCAAGGCACAGCAAGUUAACAUCUCCACUGUCAACCCGGCAGAGCCCUUCAAGGAUUUACUGGCACAAUACAUCGCAAUAACAAAGCCACAGGUAACCACCAAUAAUAAAUCAUCUCUUUUUGCCCACAGGAUAACCACAACAGGUCCACCAUUAGCUUCCAGAUUCAGGAAGAUCUUCGGAGAAAAGGCUGUUGCAGCCAGGUCCGAGAUACAAGAUCUCCUGAAUAGGGGCAUUUUGAGGCCUUCCAACAGUCCAUGGGCAAGCCCUAUUCACAUGGUUCCCAAAAAGAAUGGCACAUUCAGAAUGUGUGGAGACUACAGGAGGCUGAACGCAAACACGCUGCCCGACAGGUAUCCUCCACCAUUAAUACAAGAUGUAUUCAAUAAUCUUCAUCAAAAAGAAGUAUUUUCUACAAUAGAUUUAGAAAAAGCUUACCACCAAGUACCCAUGCAUGAAGAGGAUAUACAAAAGACUGCAAUUAUCACACCAUGGGGACUCUUCGAGUAUCUACGUAUGCCAUUUGGACUCAAAAACGCUGCCCAGACAUUCCAGAGGUUUAUCAAUCACAUAUUCCAAGAUUUUAAUUUUGUUUUCAUUUAUAUAGACGACAUCCUGGUAAUGUCGACUGAUAUGAAUGAGCACCGUCGUCAUCUUCAAUUGGUUUUUGAGAGGCUACAGGAAUAUUCUCUUACAAUAAACUUAGAGAAAUGUGCCUUUGGAAAAGAUGAAGUUAACUUCCUCGGUUACAAACUGAGUGCUGCAGGAUAUUCUCCUUCACCAGACCGAGUAGAGAAAAUUAUUAAUUAUCCAAAACCUUCGACAGUUAUAGAACUCAGAAGAUUUUUGGGAAUGGUAAACUAUUAUCGUAAAUCAAUACCCAAGGCAGCAAAUAUACAAGCACCACUUUAUGAGUAUGUGAAGUCCUCAGUUAAAAACGACAAGACUCAAAUUGAAUGGAAUGACAAUUCAUUAUCAGCAUUCAGCAAGCUGAAGGAAGCUCUAGCAAAUGCAACUCUUCUUCAUUUUCCUUCAAGUAUAGCAAAUAUUAAUUUAAUUACAGAUGCAUCCACAACAGCCAUUGGAGCAACUCUGGAGCAGGAAGAAAAUGGUGCAUGGCACCCUAUAGGUUUCUUUUCCAGAAAGCUCACAGCUACUGAACAGCGAUAUUCAACUUACGAUCGCGAAGCUACUAGCCAUCUUUGCGGCUUUAAAGGUGAUCAGAACGUUGUUGCUGAUGCGUUGUCCAGGAUCAAUGCCAUUCAAAUGCCAUCAAAGCUAACCGAAGAGGAAAUUUCGCAAGAACAGAGUAAGGACGUUGAAAUGCAAACUAUAUUGAACGGCAACACCUCUAUUAAUCUUCAAAAAUUGACAUUAGGGGGGUAUCCAGUUUAUUGCAACAGGCAAGAUAAUUGUGUGAAGCCCUACCUUCCACAAAGUCUUCGCAGAAUUGCUUUUGACAUUGUACAUGGAAAUGCACACCCAAGCAUAAGGAUUACUUCAAGGGAGUUGCGAAGAAGGUAUGUGUGGCCUGGGAUUGGUAAAGACGUCACCAUGUGGGCACGUCAAUGCAUUCCUUGCCAAAAAUCCAAAAUUCAUAAACAUAAUCACCUCACUCCUAUCCAUAUUCCUAUUCCUGAAAACAGAUUUUCGCAUAUUCACAUUGACAUAAUCAAAUUACCGAAUAUUAAUGGAUAUCCUUAUUGCCUAACAAUCAUCGACAGAUUUACAAGGUGGCCAGAAGCUGUUCCUCUAAAGGACAUUUCUGCAGACACGAUUGUCCAAGCCCUAUUUUCAAACUGGAUAUCAAGAUUUGGUACACCAUGUGUGAUAACAUCCGACCAAGGAUGCCAGUUUGAAUCAGCUAUAUUCAAAUCAUUAAUGAAUGCAAUAGGUGCUAAGAAAAUACGGACAACGGCAUAUCACCCUCAGUCCAAUGGCCUAGUUGAACGCUGGCAUAGAACUCUGAAAGCAGCUUUAAUGUGCUCUCCUGAGCCUUGGAUCGAAGUAUUACCUGUAGUCUUACUAGGUUUACGUUCUUCAUACAAAGAAGACCUUAAAGCAUCUCCUGCUGAGAUGGUUUAUGGAACCACAUUAAGACUACCAGGCGAAUUUUUCACAACUAAAGAACUGUCAUCCGAUCCACAAGCAUUUCUGGACUACCACAGAAGAAUAAUGCGGGAUAUUAAACCUACAGCCACAGCUCAUCAUAAUAAAGCCAAUAUGUUUGUGCUUAAGGACAUAAAUACAUGCACUCAUGUAUUUAAUCUAAACGCACAGCGUAAUCAUGAAUCAGAGCCCUCAAGCUCAGCACCACCAUUCCUCCUGUUCGUCCGUGGCGACGCCUCCGGCCUUGCUGUCGCCUCGGAUCGCCGUGUCGCCGCCGAGCGAUCAGCCACCGGCAAGCGCCAGUGCCGCCUUAGCCUUCCAAUUCCCGCUGACGGUCGAAGACGGCGGAGGGACGAACGGCAACCACCGCACACCCGCUGGCGGUUGGCGGCGGAGGUUGUCGCGGAAUAG